CUUGCGUCUCUAAAGCGCAGACUCGUUGGACUUGAUGUGCAGAAUCGUUCAUAGAUGAACCUUAUUCCGAAAGUGAAAUCGGUUUGCCUGAGCAUAUCAUCGGCGAUGCGCACGUGCAGGGUUCGAGUGUAUCGAGAUUUUAAUGAUAUGAAUGGCAGUCACGAAGCUCAUAAUAUUAUUGGAAUUCGGUUGAUUCCAGAUGGAGGUGUUGUCCAGCUUGAUAACAGAAAUUUAUCUUAUCAAGAUGGAAUAAUAGGUUCUAUAAUUUGCUCUGAUUUAUCUAUGUUGGUCCAAGAUUUUCGUGACCUCUUAAUAGCAGAGCUUUCUGAUUUACCUGAAGAAUUUCGCUUCUUGUCAAAAAAUGGGUUCCCAAUUCAAAGCACUGAAGAAGCUAAGAUUGAAGUUCUCGAAAUAAUUAAUUAUAAUUUGAUUACAGUCCAAAGACAUUUUGAUGACAAGAUAUGGAAAAAAAAAUGCUACUGCUAUGUUCUGUAGUUUCAUGUGCAGUUCUAAAAAGUGGGAAAAACAAAAGUGCUGCCUCUUUUUUUGAAAUGCUGAAAGAGGGCUCUGAAUUGCACGUGUGUACUUGUAUUGGUGGAUUAGCCAAGCGAAGACAAAACUGAGUGAUUUGGUUGCUGUAUUUCACUAUGUUACAAUAUAUUAACUAUGUUACAAUAUAAUUUGCAAGUCGUAAUAUACAGUAUUAUAACUUACAAAUUCUUUAUUUCCUUAAAAAAAAAAAAAAAAUUUUUUUUUGAGGCUGGGGACAAACUAUGGUCAACUAAAUCUGUGGAAUAUGGGAAGACAGUUGUAGUGAGUGUGUAUUUUAUUCAUCACCUUGGAUUGGUAUUCUCUAUAUUUAAAAACAGAUAUGUCAGUAUAUUGAACAUAACAUUUUUGCCUGUGAUGUGUUUUAAUUUGUGUGCUUUUAUGUAGUUUGUUUAUUAUCUUUUCAGUUUUAUAUAUUUUAAUCAUAAAAAGAGUUUGUGAUUGAGUGGAUUUUUGUUACCUUGCUAUUUUACAUAUGCUGUUUCUUUCAGUUUAAUCUAUUAUUGUUCAUUUGUAAUAUUUGUGAAAGCAUUUGGUUUUUCAUUUAUGGAUUUAAAUCAGACAUGGCCAAACUGCGGCUCUCCCACACCCUAACUGUGGUUCGUGAUCCCUUGCGAUCUGAAAUGCAACUUGUUUUGAAUAAAUAUGGUUUAAUUUUUUUUAAUACAAAUGGAAUUAAAAUAGAAAUCAUGCAGUGGCACGUUUCUUUAUCAAUCACUAAUUUAAUUUCUGAUAUUAUGUAUGUAAAAAUUUGUUAGGUUCAAACUGUUCACUGCUGACUUAUCAUCAGAGCAGCAAAUACAUAAAAUUACAAGUAAUUCCAUUUCUGGCAAUUACUAUUCUGGUUAUGUUACUUUUUGAGCUGGUAAUGGUCAUUGGAAUACACUAAUGCAAAGUUAAUCUAAAAUGCAAUGCUAAUAUUGUUAUUUAAUUAUUGUGCAUAUCUUUUCUCUCAAGUUAAUUUAACUUCAGGCAGUAUCUGCUUACAUUCCUGUAUGAUCCCAUUGUUCAGAACAUUUGUGAUCCACCUGGAAGAUUUGCUAUUUGUUGUAGGGUACUACAAGUAGUUUUAUUCAGUCCUUGAAUAGCGUUAGUAACUGCUGAAGAAAACUAUUUCGCCUUGCAAUCCAUAUAGAGCUCUUUUAAUCUGUGAAUGAAUUUUACGAGGAUUUUAUUUUUGGUGGAGUGAACUUUCAGCAUCUUACUUGGUUAGGAGAUUUGUCUCAAUUUUCUGCCGAACUCCUUCAAAAUUAAUUUCCUAUCCUUAAGCAGUCAGGAAUUUUUGUGCAAUUGCUUCAUAGAUUUCUGCAGUCUUUCAUAAUAAUAUUCUUAAUGAACACUUUUCUCACAUGAAACUCUAGCGUAUCCAUGAACUACUAGAUUUAUUAGCAAUAGGCUAUGUAUGUCUAUAAUUAUCGUAACAAUUCAAGAGGUGGUUUCUAGAAUUUUCGAUGAUAUGCAUGAACUUUGUUAUCUAUGUCCCAAAUUAUCAAGACAAUUCAAGAGAUAGUUUCAAGAAUUUUCAAUGAUGCACACGAACUUUGUUAUCUAGGUCCAAAAUUAGCGCAAUGAUUCAAGAGAUAGUUUCGAGAAUUUUCAGUGAUGAGCUUGAAUUUCAUUAUCGGGACAAUUCGAGAGUUAGUAUCCAGAAUUUUCAGUGAUGUGCUGUGUACUGAUUAUUAAAAAAUUCUGGCAGAUUCCGUUUGAUAUCACACUGAAAUACUGUAUGAGUCAGGGCCAUGAUGAGAGAGAUUGAUUAUAUAAAUACCAC